AUGGGAAAGAAUAAAAAGAAGAAAAAGGAAACACCUGCCAAAGAUAAGCAAUUUGAAGAAUACAAAGCAGCAUUCAAUAGCGAAGAAGACCGUAUUGGCCAUUCAACAACAGUGAUUCUUGCUGUUUGCGUUGGUCUUUAUUUUAUGGCUAACAUGAACAAAUUUACAGCACUCUGGUAUUCUCCACAUAACCCAGGAUGGAGAAAUGCUUUCAAUUUUGUUGCUUUACUAUCAUCUUGCAUGGCUUUUGGCUACUUUUUAUCCAAGAGCAUUGCCUUCGGUCUCCGCCUUUCAAAAAGGAACAGAAACAAAAAAGCCCAAUAG